CACACAUGCGCAAUAAAAACAUUUCUGCAACUUCCGUCAACACAGCUGUCAAAGAAGUUACGAUAAAAUAUUUGUUGCUUCGUGAUGCAGGUCGCUUUAAAUGUAAAUUGUAAAAUGUUCUUGUGUUACAUUUAAAUGAAGAGAAACUCGGCAAAAAAUGAAGUUGAGAGAAAUGGAGCAAAACAUGCCAGGCUAGAUAUAAAUUCACAAGUGAGACAAGAUGACAACUGCGAUGCCAGGGUAAACAGUAGGAAAGAGGGACCAGAUAGACAAAACACUGGCUACAGAGAACAUGGCGCCCAGUCACUGGAGAGAACAAAAUCCUUACAGAGAAGUCAGCUAGUAAAUCAGACUAAUGGUAUACAUAGAAGAGUUGCAAGAAUAGCUGCAGCGUCUAAUCAGGACAUUGUUGGACAUGGAAUAAUUCACUUUCAUCAUCCUUUGAUAAAUGCUGAACCAAGUUUUACACAUAAUUCAGUAUCAAAACCAACAGACUUCACUGCACUGAGACCUAGAUCGAAACCAAUUAGUGCUGACAAAACAGAUUUUACAGCACUGAGACCCAGAUCAAAACCAGUUAGUGCCGAUGAACCAGCAGAUUUCCCCACACAGAGACCUAGAUCAAAACCAAUAAGUGCUGAAAAACCAACAGAUUUCACAGCACUGAGACCUAGAUCAGUACCAAAUAGUGCUGGUAAACCAAACAGUGCGAUUCCAGCUACAGCUUUUCAACAGUCUAGUAACCUAACACCAGUAAGCCAUUUACACAAUAGUGUUCCCACCACAAACAAAUCAUUUGUGAAAGCAUCUGCCCUACCACAAGCAUCAACAGUCAAAAGCAGCAUUGACUCCAAGUCUUCAUCUAGACCAAAACCGUUUUCUGUGCCAUAUUCUACAAACAUUGCACACCAAAUUGUUUCUUCAUCCGUGUCAACAGCAGACAUAUCCUCAGCACCUCCUUUGAAUGUGUUAAAUAGAGCUCAAACAUUGUUCAGUGUAAGUUCAUUAAAAGACAGUACAUCAGAUCUGAUACAGGGUCCGCUAGUGCCGCAAUUCCCUCUGUAUGAUCCCCUGUAUAUGGGUAGUCCUAUAGCUAGUCCAUUAUUUACAGAUGGAGCAACCUCAUUCCCAUUUACAACUUCAGACUACAUAGAUCCAGACAGUGUGUACUUAGAUCAACUGUUUAGCAGAUCACCAAGUGCUCAAGAAAACCAUGGAUUCACAUCAAUUCGUUCUGAGAACCACUGUGCACGGACAGACAAUGUUCAACCUUUCCCUUUCUCGUCACCGAGACUGUUAAAUACUGUUGUAGACCCUGUCAGUGUGAGAUCUCAGCAGUAUGGUGCAACAGAAACAAAGUCAACGUCUCAAACAAACGGUAGAACAAACUUUGACCCGAAGAAGAAAAGUAAUAUAAGUGCUUUAGAAAGGUUAUCAGCAGUGGUGAAUAAUUCUUCUAAAUCUUCCUCUAGUGCAACAGCUACCUGUUCAAGUCUUUCAAGGGAGGAAACUCUCAAAAAUGCGUUAUCCAGCACAUCUUCGGCAUAUGCCGCAUUGGCGAAGAUUGUUCCUGAAAAUGGUUCUGGCUCUCUUUCACAAACAAAUAGACCCGUUUCCUCAGAUCAGAAGCCAGGCUCCAGCAAGGACGACCUUAAGCCACCACCUCAUGGCGGUAUAAAAAGAGCUGGACCCUAUUUGCUUGGACCAAGAAUUGGUACAUCCCCAGUGAAAAGUAUUGUGCAGUGUUUAGCCAGGAAAGAAGGAACAGACAAUUUUUAUACACUCAAGAUAUUGACAUUAGAGAACGGAGGACGUGAAAGACAAGAUGAUCGGCAGGGUAAAAUGUUGAUUCACACAGAGUACAGUCUACUUUGUCUUCUCCGUCAUCAAGAUGGCGUCGUACAUCAUCAUGGUCUUUUCAAGGAUGAAGCAUGGGAGGAGAGGGAGACAGAAUCAGGUAACAAACCAGAGUACACGGGUGGACGGAGGAAGAGACUGUGUCUGGUCCUCGACUGUUUGAUUCCACAUAACUUCAGUGAUCAAAACAGCGAUCUAAUCAACCUUCAACACUACGUCAUCAAGGAGAAAAAACUGUCCGAGAAAGAAGCCAUUGUUAUCUUCUUUGAUAUUGUGCGAGUUGUUGAAUGCUUACAUAAGAAAAAUAUAGUACACAGAGAUCUGAAGUUGGGUAACAUGGUCUUAAAUAAGCGCAGUCGUAGAAUCACAAUUACCAACUUCUGUCUCGGCAAACAUUUGGUCAGUGAGAAUGAUUUACUUUUAGACCAGAGAGGAAGCCCUGCAUAUAUCAGUCCUGAUGUACUCAGUGGUUCUCCAUAUUUAGGUAAACCAAGUGAUAUGUGGGCAUUAGGUGUUGUUCUGUUCACUAUGUUGUAUGGGCAGUUUCCGUUCUAUGAUAGUGUACCACAGGAACUAUUCAGAAAGAUAAAAGCUGCUGACUUUAAAAUACCAAAUGACAUGAGAGUGUCAGAGAACACCAAGUCGGUUGUGAAGAAGUUGUUGCUGAUGAACCCGUACCAUCGUCUGACAGCAUCACAAGUCCUCGACUCCCUUACCUCCAUUAUAGCUACUUGGAGAGCAAUGUCAGCUCCUGUAGGAACAUUGCAAGUUGUCCCAGAUAUAGAUGAUGAUAAGGAGGAGAAAAAAGAACCAACCCCUUCCUCGAAACCCACACAUACUCACCCCCAGUUACAGCUACAGGCAGCCAAGAGACUGGCUGACACAGAGUUCAAGGUCAGUCAAGGUCAGAUGACACCUGUGUUGAUGAUGUCACCAAGGAUUGCCCUAGCAAGAAGGCGGGGCCAGCCAAGUUUACAGCCACCUAUCCAGCAGAUGAAUGUGGAUGCCCAGCCCUUGUCACAAGCUGAGAUCCAGGCACACCGACAGAUAAUGCAUGUACAGAGACAGAUGUCCACUCAACAAUGAACCUUUCUUUUUUCAAAAUUUAUACAUGUAAUAGAUAUUUGUCUGUCUUAGUUUAAAUAUUGGCAUUUACAUUUAAGAACUAUGGGUUAAUGGUACUUUUGCAUAUCACCAUUGACUCUGUUGUCCUGAUAUGUCAGAUAUUCUGAAAGAUAAUUGAAAUGAUGAAAAUUGUAGUGCUCCAGGCAUCUUGCUACAUCUUUCUUUAACCAAGCAUAGCAGUUAUUUUAAUUCAGCCCUUCACAAUGAGUAGUUUUAUACUACCAGAUGAAAGGCCAUAAAAAUGUGAGUGGUCUUGUCUGGUGAAAUUAAAUACUUCACGGUAUGACUGGUCAUGAAUUAAGGGGCCAUGUUCUAAAUUGACACUGCUCUUAGAUUGAUAAAACCAAACAUUUUUGUGUACUGAUCUGUGUAGUAUUACAUGUAUAUGGUUUUUUUUUUUGGAAUGUAGAAUUUUUGUUUCAUAUGUAGUUUAUGACUUUUUUCAUUUGCAUGAAUUUUUUAUAUCUUUUGUGAUAUUUUUUUUGUAGUCUUUUGAUAAAAUCAGAAAUGAAAAUCAUUGAAAAAUUUGUAAUUGUAGGAAAGACUUUUCACUAUGAAAACAGUAACAGUUCUCUAUGUUAGAAAACAUGUUUAGUUUUACUGUAAAAUUAGAUGAUUCUUUAAGGUUAAAAUGUUGCUGUAUUUAAAACAAGUUAGUUUGCAUGGCAGCAAAUCUGUGAUAUAUGACCAGCUUGUGAAGCCCCCAAGACUGUUUAUAAUUUGGAUAACAGUUUCGUAUUUAUUUUCCUGAAACAGCAAAAUAGAUUCCUUGUUCGAAUAUCUAAUUUUACAGUAUGUAGAAAUAGUUAUCUUGACAAUAUUGUGAAUAUUACAAUCACAUUUGAUAGUUACCUCAAAAAUAUUUGAAUGUUACAGUUGUGUUUGUUAGUUACCUUGACAUUAUAGUCAACAUAGUACAUGCAACCACCUGUAUUAAAUGACUUUUCUAUUAAAUGGCCACUUAAACAUUUUUAUGAUAUAAAUACAUCACAUCAAACAACUUUUUCAUUAUGCGACCAGUCACUACUUGAAACCGGCCCUAGCAGGUAAAAUUAUCUGCAUAAGUAUCUAUUAACCUUUAGCCUGCUGGCGGCAGGCGAGUUUACCUUUGCGACCAGUGCAGACCAAGAUCACCUCGUGCGGGCUGAUCAUGGUCUGCACUGUUCACUAUUCAGUCAAUAAAUUUUCAUUGAACAGCCCUUCGAAUAAUAAAUGGUACUGCUCAAAUUGAAUGAUGGACCAGUCCAUUUUAGAAAUUUAGCAGGCUAAAGGUUAAACAACCGUAUACAAAUUUUUCGAAGCUGUCUACUUAACAGGUGGAUUUUCACAUAAUCACUUGUAUGUAAUUAAUCUUUCUAACAGUCAAGCAAAUCAACAUUUUUAACAGUCAGUUAAUUGGGAAAAGUAUUUAUCCAUAUCAAAACAAAUUUUAAACAAUAUUUGAGCCGUGCCAUGAGAAAACCAACAUAGUGGGUUUGCGACCAGCAUGGAUCCAGACCAGCCUGCGCAUCCGCGCAGUCUGGUCAGGCUCUAUGCUGUUCGCUUUUAAAGCCUAUUGGAAUUGGAGAAACUGUUAGCGAACAGCAUGGAUCCUGACCAGACUGCACGGAUGCGCAGGCUGGUCUGGAUCCAUGCUGGUCGCACAGCCACUAUGUUGGUUUUCUCAUGGCAUGGCUCAUUUAUAGUUUUGUGUGCAUGGUAUAUCAUGAGUUCAGCAUGUUACUUACCCCGGUAUUCUGAAGUUAGAAAAAUCUGUUAGACCGUUCUAUUCAGAGACCACUUUUUUUACUGUCCCAUGUAUGGUCUCCAAAUACAAUGUCUGCUGUAUUGUAAAUGUUACAUUUGAGUUUGAUAGUUAUCUCCACAAUACUGUGAAUGUAAUAUGUGUGUUUGAUAGUUACCUUAAUAGUAUUGUGAAUGUAACGUUCAAGCUUGAUAGUCAUCUUUACAAUAUUGUGAAUGUUACAUCUAAGUCUAAUAGUUACCUUGACAAUAUUUUGAUUGUUACAUUAGAGUCUGUCUGUAAUUUACUGUAAUUUUCAGCCAUUGGUGAACUGAUUUUAUAUAAAUGGAAGAAUAGUAUCUUUGGGCCUGUGUUCCAGGUUUUAAGUCUGAAAUUUAGACUUAGACAUCAAAAUGUAUUUUUCCGUCAGUGACAGUCGUACCAGAGGUAUGUUUCAAGAACUCUAAGAAAUAAAUUGAGAGGAUUUGCCUGUAUUUGAUUGACUGAUUGAUGUAUUAUAGUAAAUUAUUUGUUUUUGUUGAUACGCUUCUUUGGGCAUUCAUUAUUCUACACAUUGCAUUAUGUAACAUUUACGUAAUUAUGAAACACUUUUCCUAUAUUACAUAAUUAUUAAUGAUAAACACUUUAUUCCUUGAUUAUAUAAUCUUCCAUUCAUUUCAUUAUAAACUCAUUAUAACCUACCAUUUUCAGACUGCAAAUUUGCAUUAUUAUUGCCUGUUUUCGUAAAACAGGACACACUGUUAUCACUCUUGAUAGAGGUUGCAGCAAGUCAUACGAUACCUUAAAUAUCUAAUCAGAACAAGAGUGCUGACCUAUCACAGCAUAUAUCCGUCACAGCAAAUUGAUUUAAAUUACUCUACUGAAUUGCUGUGAUUUAUAUUAUCUUUGAGAAUAAUUAAAUCUGUAUGGUGUCUUGUCAAAACCUGUUCAGAAUUUUCAUGAUAUUAUUUAACAUUUAUGUUGUUACAAAACACAAAAACAAAGACUUAUAUGUGAUGAUAGCUGAAUGCAAAUUGUAGAAACUCGAAAAGAACUGUCAACCAUCUAACACUCUUUCCUAGAAUUUCAGUAUUCCAUAUGAGUUUUAUUUUAAUGUUAAGUACUUUCUCUACAGUUUAUUGUUAUAAAAGAGUAAAAAAAGCAUAGAUUUUUAUUUUGUAUCAAACUUAAAUAUACUACAGAGACAUUUUGUGUUACCCACAUUGAAAACACUGUGUGUAAACAAGAAUAAACAUGCUUGUAUAACAUAUGUAAAGCAAUACCAGUGCAGUGUAGACACCAAGGCUUUACUUAUUUUAGUGUGUGAUGCAGUGUGUCUUUCUUUUAAUUUAGCUACUUAAGCCAAGAUUGAUUGUACAGAAAUACAAAAAUUGGUGCAUUCAUUUUGUUUUUGCUAGAUACUGUACUUAAUAUACUUGUAUCCCGUAAAUAUGACAUAGGCUUGAAGAUAACACUCAUUUAGAUAUUAUUUCCAUAUACAAUUUUAUAAUUUUUUGUCUGUAUCUUGAUGGAAUGGAGAAGUCUUAAAUAAAAUUGUUGCUCCUUAAAUAGAUGUUACCAUGGAAUUCUGGUAUGAUCAUGUCUCUUAUCUAAUCUUCAUUAUAAUACAAUUUGCUUGUUGUUGUUGUUUUUUACACAGCACUUUAGUGUAUCAGUCCUUGGUUUGAAGUGAGAUUGGAGCCAAGUCUCAAAAUGCAUGUUUGUCAUUGGUCAGUUUAAAAAAUGGGCCCAGAAACAACCAGUCAGAAGCUGGACAAUUGAGACUGGUGUUCGUAUUUAAUUUUAUAACCUUGAAUCCUGCAGUUUCUUGAAGUUCAUCUAUGCUUAUUCCUUUAACUGUAAGACAAAAAGUUAAAGUUCGUGUAUUGAGUGCUUAAAUGUACAGAUAUGAAGAAAGAAUAGAAAGUAGGUAAUUUGUUUUAAAAAAAAUUGACAGAAGUAUAAGGAUGAUUUCUAUAGCACCUUGAAUUAAGCAUACUAAAAUAUAUUACGUAUAUUCAGCAGGAGAUUGUUAUUUUUCCUUCCAUUGUUCUGUUUUUACUUUCAUGGCAUCAGUGUAUUGGAACAUAUUGCUUUCUGGAAUAAUGGCAUUACUUGAAACUAGGAUUCUUUCACCAAAUAUAAUAUUUAAAUCAUUUCUUACUUAAUCAUGAUUUGUAAAUUGUAUUGAUAGAUGAUUUUGCCAUAUUGUUACAGAAUGUUUAAAAGGAAAUAAAACUUUUCUAAAGUCUA